AGGAUGUACAGGAAAGAGAAAAGUAUUCAGAUAAAAAGCAGUGCAUCUGCACUGUAUAACAACUUGAGUGUGUUACCAAUUUCUGAGAAAAACCUUACUUACUUUACUGUUGUUCAUGGCAAUGUGGUCAACAUGGUAAGUGCUUCUGGAGAUGGGCUGAACUUCUCACAUCGUCAGUUGCAGUCCAAAGAGGGUAGCAUUGCUGUCAGCUCUUCCCUAAUAAUACAGGCAUCUUGGUGUGUCCUUCCUUCCCGGGUUCUCUUGGUGUUAACAGCUCAGAAAGGAAUCCAGAUGUACGAGUCUGACGGCUCCAUUAUGGUGUACUGGCAUGCACUGGACAUUCCAGAAUCUCCAUCUGCUCAGGCAGUAUUUGCACGAGGAAUUUCUGCAGCAGGAGGACAUUACAUCUGUGUAGGUAUCUCCUCUGGAUCUGUUCUUGUAUUUGACAUCCCAAGCAAGGGGACAAAUAUCACACUUUCAGAAGUUUUGGGGGAGCAUCGAGACCCCAUUACGGACAUUGCCUCAGAAAUGUCCCAUAACAAGGAGUACAUUGCUGAUCUAGUUACAGCAGAUGACUCUGGUGUUCUGUGCAUUUGGAAAUCAGGGGAAGACUUCAAGUUACUGAACAAGAUUUCAGCAUUUGGCUGUACAUGUUCAUCAGUGAAGAUGUGGAAUGGAAUCAUUGCUGCUGGCUAUGGUAGUGGACAGAUCCGAAUCUAUGAUGCUAUGUCAGGAACAUUGCAUGCAGAAGUAAAUGCUCAUGCAAGGUGGAUAUAUACCCUAGACAUUGCUCCGGAUACAGGAAAGCUUCUUUCUGGUGCCGAGGAUUCAUUUGUGCGAAUCUGGAAGCUGAACAGAAAUGGAGAGUCUAGCAACAUUGAGAUUGAACACUGUCAUUCGGAAUGUGUCACUGAUGUCCAGAUCUGUGGUGCCCAGUUUUGUGAUCCUGAAGGAACUGCCUUUGCAGUAACAGGAUAUGAUCUUAGUGAGAUUAUACGCUAUAUACAGAUAUAGAUUAAAUCCAUGCUGGGGCAUGAAGCCUAACAAGAAAACAAUAGCAAAAGACUUGAUCAAACAAGAAGGUGGUGCAUUUAGCUACAUUAUCUUGACAAGUAUCUGUGUGUGAUUAUAAGCAACAGAGUUCAAUAUAAUUAUGUAGCUAUAAACUACCUUCCAGAUGUUGCACUACAUUGUUUGCAUCUUGUGGAUAUUGUAUUGUACUUAAAUGACAUUUUAUGUACAUUAUUUCCCAAUGAGGUUUUACUCAAAAUCAUGUGCAUACUGUGUUAGGAGGCAUCACUGAAUGUUUGUUUUUGUCUGUUUUCUGUUGUUGAGUCUGUUCUAUAUGUUUAUAGUCACAUACGUAAAAAUUUUUUGACCCUUUCUUAUUUCAGUGGUUUCAGCCAUAAAUCAUUUUUAAUGAGAAAAUAUGAAAAGGCAGUGCCAGCACUAACUUAGGAGGCAGAAGAUGGUUUUGAUGGUAUCUGAACAUCUGUGAUUUUAUGACUAAUUGCAGUUGUACUUCUGUCCAUAUAGAAGAACCUGUAUCCAGGCUACGUAUACAAGAACCAAAUAGCAUUAAGAAUGAGUAUAGUUAUUAAAUACAUAAUUGAAUCACGCAAACAGUAUUGCAAAUAACCCAAGGUUACACCAUUAUUUUCAAACUACUUUAUAUGGGCAACCUUUCUAUCAUCUUAAUUUCAGUUUCUACUAAUACUUUUUAUGUAGUAUUAUGUCACUUGUAUUUUAUAUCAUUUAUUGUGUACUGUUUAUUCCCAGGUCCCCUCAAUACCUCUCAACUUCUAAGCACAAGAAAUCUGGGCAAAGCUGAAAAUAAUGGUGGGACAAAGAUCCCAACAUCAGGGCAAAAUUUAAAUAUUGCUCUUAUUAACUUGCUAGAAUAAUAGGUUUUCUGUUAGCAUUAUUUUUGGAAGAGUAUGAAGUCUGUAACUGAAGUGUAUUCCAUUAUUUGCUGACUUCAGUCCUCGGUGAUUUGCCAGAAAUCAUAAGAAACAACCCAAAGAUAUGAGGCAAAAAUCUGGACAUUCUGGAAAAAUCUGGACAGUUUGGUAUGUAGAUUAUGUCUACUCAAGUGGUCUAAUCCAGUCAACAAAAUAUAGAUAAGUAAAAACAAAUAAAAAGCAUUGUAGUGAAUAUUUCAUUUAACUGAAAAAUGCAUUUCACAAAAUUCCACAGUUGUAUUUCAUUUAUUUGCUUUGCACUUUUGACUGUAAUAAGUUAUAUUAUAGGACAUAGCCUCCACAAAGGGAUGAGGGCAUUACCCGAUUUAAUUUCUCCGAGUCUUUUGGGUUUCUGACACCAUGACAGGAGUGAAUGCUUUCCUAAGGCAGGGUAUAAUUAAAGUUCAUGAAAUUAGUAUUUAAAUAUUUUGAUGUUAGACAAAAGUGCUCUUCACAGCACCUGCGAUGUGCCCAAAAUUGACUCUUUCUGGAGUUUAUAUGGAUUUACAUGCAUCAGUAGCACAUCUAAAUAUGAUUGUACAUUCUUUUUUAUAAGACCCAUUGCUCCUACUGCUGGUAAAACUGACUGGGUAUCCUACAUUUCUGUCAUUUCUGCCUGCAAAUUCUGAUAUUUUAUGACUUUAUGUAUUUCUUUACGUAAGACACUAUAAUCACUGGGUGUAGAAAUUUCAAUGAUCAAUAUUUCUUUUGUCUUCUUUUCAUGGAUUGCUAUAUCAGGUUUUCCCGAAUCUAUUUUCUGAACUAUUGGCAAUGGGAGAUCCCAUGUGAUAUAAACUUCAUCAUUCUCUAUAAUACUUUGUGGCUCA